CGCAGUCGCUGCUGCCCUAGACUUCACUUCUGGUCCUCGCUUAAAACUUAAACCCCUUUCCUGUCAAGAAAAGAACAGAGAGAGGCUUUUCGUCGAACUGGAACACUAGUUUCGACUCUCAAAUGGCGUUUUCAGUUUAAGAAUUUAGGUUUUCUCUCCGACUCUCCCUUGCAAGUACAAUGUUCGGAGCUCAACCGUCCUCCUCCGCCUUCGGCACUCCACAAUCGACUCCUGCCUUCGGCACUCCGUCGUCCACUCCUGCCUUCGGAACUCCGUCGGCGUCUCCCGCAUUUGGAAACCUUUCCUCAACUCCUGCCUUCGGGACUCCGUCUACGUCGACUUUUGGCACCGGCUUCGGAUCGUCUCUCUUCUCCACUCCAUUCUCUUCUCAGCCUUCACAACAGCCACAGCAGCAGCAGCAAUCACCGCUGUUUCAGCAACCGCCCGCCACAGGAUUCGGUUUCCAGACUCCGUUUGCCGCGCCUCAGUCCACUCCCUUUCCAAAUGCUCAAUUGACCACUCAGAUGGCUCCGGUGGCGCCGCUUCCUUUCUCCAUGGCAGAUCGAGAUAUUCAAGCAAUUGUUGAGGCUUACAAGGACGAGGCAGGAAACCCUAAGUAUGCUUUCAAGCAUUUAUUGUUCAGUGUAACCGAUCCUCAAUUUAGGGCUAAGCCUGCUGGUGUAUCAGACAUAAUGUGGGCUGAGGCUAUGACAAAGCUGGAAGGCAUGGAAAGUGCUGAUAGAGAGCGAUUGUGGCCACAGCUUGUUCAAGGUUUUAAGGAUUUAUCUCAGCGCUUGAAGAUUCAAGAUGAAGUCAUUCUUUCUGAUGCUGAGAGACUGCGGAUGACCCAAAGCAAUGUCAAAAUGCUUCAGAGGCAUUUUCUAGCUGACACUCUACCUUGGGUCCAAAGAUUGCGGCAGAAGGAGCAAGGUCUACAAAGGCGUCUCUUGAGAGUCAUGAGAAUUGUGGAGGCACUAGAAAGUAAGGGUUGCCGAGUGCCUGUAAUGAAAGGGGAGGCUGAAUUGGCUGAGAAGUUAGCUUUAAUAACGAGGCAGUUGAAAGGAUCCGGCGCAGAGCUUUCUAGGAGGGUGCAAAAUUUGCUCACAUUUACUCGUGGUCAAGCAAAUGGCUCCAAUUCUGGUAAUUCCAUCUAUCUUCAAGGAUCAGCAAAAAUACACGAGCAGAGUCUUGCCGAUAUGCAGGAGGUUUUGCAGCAGCAGACCGAGGCCAUUGCUAGACUUGGUAUUGUUUUAAAGCGAGAUGUUAGAGAUAUGGAAAUCAUAAUGGCUGAAGACAAAGAGAUGACAGAUGAUGCUAGUUAAAAGAAAUCAAGUUCAGAUUUCUAGUUGAUCGUUUUGUUUUGUGAUAGAUAUUUCUUGCUUCAUUUUUCUGAAGUAAAAAAAAUCCGUGUUCACAAAUUAUGUACUGCACAAGUAAUUUUGCCAAGUGGUGGCCAGCAUUUCUUGAAAAACCAGAGUUAGUACUUGGUUAACAUUGGGUCAACUUGAACUGAUUAAUACUUAUUCGGUUUGAAUUC